CCGUUUGUUACUUUGUUGUCCCUUAUCUCUCCCCACUCAGAGGCCGGUGAUAACGCUCCCUCAGCCGGCCACCAACGUCUAGUAGUACUACUAGUGAGACUGGUUUCAUUUGUGACCUAUCUGACCAUUCUGGUGCCACAGCAGAUACACACAGAGCAGGAAAGAAAAAAAGCUUAUCGUUGUUACUGUCAUUACAAAGAAUUUAGCGUUCGCCCGCUACAUAUUUGCCUCAUUGCCAGGGUUUCCUCAAAAAUACGAAACCACUCAGGCGUGUAUUCCCUUGCCGUUUCGCUCAAAUCAUUCGGCACAUGCCAUUUCGGCUGAACGAGGACGAGGCAUUAUUACGAAACUAUAUCAUCCAGUACUACCGUGCGAGACCAUUGGUCCAACCAAUUGUGCAGUUGGAUCCCUGCUAGACGCAAAUCCCUCAUACUUUCUGACCCCAUAGGGGCAAGCUCUCGUGCUCCACAACUGGCGCGGUUCGGCGCAAGGUACCAUCGCCGAAUUAUUUUCAGAUAGAUGGUUUUUCUUCUGGUCCAGUGUCAUAUUUAUAUUUAACCAUAUCCUCACCGCCAUCCAUGACUCAAAGCAAUAACCAUCAUCGCCGCACUCCCUCGGGCUCCAAUGUCCCUAAGCUGAGGAACUCUCGACCGGCUUUACAUCGGAGAGGCACAUCCUGGGUCAACCACUCCAUAUCCAAACUAGGCUCUGGACAAGUCACUAAGCAGUUGGAAUUGGAGGACGACCGGCAGCCCGAGAUGGCGGCUAGCUUUCUUAAUUUUUGCGCCAUGUGCGAAAAGCAGAUAACAGUGCCUGACAAUUCCCUUUUAUAUUGUAGUGAAAGUUGUCGCCGCAAAGACUCCCACAAACCGCUUUCGGCUUCCUUCUCAUCGAACUCCUCCAUGUCUUCCUCAACAACUCCACCUGCCUCUCCUCCUAUGUCUCCUCGAAUGAUUGUUGCACCCAUGACUCCUACGAAAGGUGCCGCCAGAUCCUCGAUCUCCAGGAUACCCAGCGAAUGGAAUGAUUCCAAGACGGAUCAGGAUCCAUCCGAAUGGAAGCCAGUGAUACCUAUGGGGUCUGGUGCAAGUUCUCUGGCGUCAUCGGAAGCUUGGAAUUACCUGUCCCAGUUUCACCGUGAUGACACUAUGAUGCCUGUUCGGCGCCCGCGGUUUGAUCACCGCAGUUCGACAAGCCUGUCGGCACUCUGGAGUGCUACGGGGCCUGUUCCACCGCUGAUGCACACGCCGUCCACAGCUGCAUCGUCGGUGAGCAGCAACGGGUCGGACUAUAUGAGCUACGUGCAUGAAUCGGCCUAUCGUCCACUGCCCCCUCGGCACAAGCCCCAGAUUUCUGGUUGCUCAAGCGCCACGAAAGGGCUCGACUUGGUGGUGCCCCACGUGCAUGUGAGUGUGGAAGAUGUGCCCGCCGUUAAUAUCUCCAACGAUGGGUCGAUAUUCCCCGCUAGCAGUGCUCUAUGGGAUGAGAAGCCCAUCGAAAAGACACCCACUCUGAAGACGGCCUUGGGUUCACCGAACUCUGACAUACCUGCCCGUUCCCUGGAGGAGACUUCAUGAUCGUACCGUCACAAUUCUGACGCUUUCCAAAUCGACCAAGGUUACACAUGGUAGUCGAAAUUACGAGCGCUCAGAUGCUGUGCACUUGGAUCAUGAGAAGGGCUAGCCUCAGGCAUUAUCUUUUAUUCCUUGGUC